UCGGAGUACGGUUGUCUGUGGCUGGCAGGCGGGUUGCGCAGGCGCGGGGAGCACGGGCCCGCCGGUUGAGGUAGCCGCAGGUGAGGGGGCCGUGGGUGCACCUGUGGGGCAGGAGCGGCGAGUUCACGCUCCGAUGGGUGCGGUUGGCCGCCAGGCCGGGCUCGGGGCUGAGGCUAGCCUCCAGGAGGGGCCCCGAGAGAGGUCGGGGGCGGGCCUGAUUGGCCUCUGUCCUCAGAGCGGGAUGCGGUGACGGACCUGAGGCGACCAUGGCAGCGGCAGACGAGCUGGCCUUCCACGAGUUCGAGGAAGCUACUAAUCUGCUGGCCCAGACCCCAAAUGAGGCCACCACCAGAGGUGAUCAACUGGUCCCCCAGCAGCACGUGGCUGUGGCCAUGGACUCAGGUGGCAGCUACGGAGCUGAGGACGAGGUGGAGGAGAAUGACAAGACCGCGCUCCUACAGGAGGAGAAGCAGCAGCCUGGUUUCUGGACCUUUAGCUACUAUCAGAGCUUCUUUGACGUGGACACCUCACAGGUCCUGGACCGGAUCAAAGGCUCGCUGCUGCCCCGGCCUGGCCAGAACUUUGUACGGCACCAUCUGCGGAAUCGGCCAGACCUGUAUGGCCCCUUCUGGAUCUGUGCCACACUGGCCUUUGUCUUGGCCAUCACCGGCAACCUGACUCUGGUGCUGGCCCAGAGGAGGGACCCCUCCAUCCACUACAGCCCCCAGUUCCACAAAGUGACCGUGGCCGGCACCGCCAUCUACUGCUACGCGUGGCUCGUGCCGCUGGCACUGUGGGGCUUCCUGCAGUGGCGCAAGGGUGUCCGGGAGCGCAUGGGGCCUUACACCUUCCUGGAGACGGUGUGCGUCUAUGGCUACUCCCUCUUUGUUUUCAUCCCCACUGUGGUCCUGUGGCUCAUCCCUGUCCCGUGGCUGCAGUGGCUCUCCGGGGCCCUGGCCCUGGGCCUGUCAGCCGCGGGCCUGGUGUUCACCCUGUGGCCCGUCGUCCGCGAGGACACGCGGUUGGCGGCUGUGCUGCUGCUCUCUGUGGUGGUGCUGCUCCACGCCCUCCUGGCCACGGGCUUUUUACUUCUUCCAGCCGCUGCCUCUGGAGCCCGCAGCACCUCCCCACCAGGCCACAUCUCAGCCCCCAACUGUACUACUGUCGUCGCCCCCGCCAAGGUCCGCAGCAGCCUAGGAAGGCUGGAGCCCACAGGAGUUUCUCUCUUUCAGGCCCAGCGUAAGGGGGUGCCUCUGCCUGCCCUGCCCCCAAGACGGUGACUGAAGGCUCCCCUGAGACCUCGAGAUGAUUUUGCUACUUUCCAGACUUUUCUUACAAAGCAAACACUUUUAUUUUCUAUGCAAAGGUGAUUCAGAGAAUUUAUAUAAAGGCGGGAGGGGGGCAGAGCAGGGAGCUUCGAGGGCAGCCGUUGCCCCACAGGCUGCCUGCCAGGAUGGGUGGGCAGCACAGGGGGCCGCCCCAGCCUCAGCUGUGCCUGCUCUUCCUGGGGGGCCCAGUUAGGGGGCCUUGGGCCUAGCCUGAGCUCCACCACAUCCGAGUUUGGGGGUGUUAGAAACGGGGAGCAGAAGUAGAAGAAAACUGCCUGUGCUGAAACGUACAUUUCCUUGUUUAUUAGGUUUUUUUUUUUUUCUUUUCUUUUUUUCUUUUUUUUGGAGGUCCCUGCAAGGCCCCUUCCCAGGCUGGGGAGGGACCAAAAUGCCAUCAUAGUAGUAGGGACUGGAGCAUCUACAAAUACUGAAGGGGAUACACAGGCCUAACGUUAGCUACAAGGAAAAAGGAUGCCUUCCACGACAGACCCUUGAGGUUUCUGUGUCUGCUCAAGCGGCUGACAGUGACCCUUUCCCCCAGGGCCCACGGGGCCACCUGUUCUAGUUGUUGGUGUGGGUGUGGGUGUGGGACCUGCAGGGGCUCAGGGACAGGACAGCAGCAAGUGGCAGGGGCUGAGGACGGAGGGCCUUCCCGACAGCCGGGUGGGUUGUACAUUCAAGUGUGAGGUGAACCCUUUGGUGGGAGGGGGCCGAGGGGCUCCAGAGGCCCGGCCCCGCCCCAUCCUGAAGACUCAGCAGGGCUGCCCCUCACCACUGAGCCUCUGAGUCGGGGAGAAGGGCUGCUGGCUCGGCCCGGCCGGCCUGAUGUCUCCGAGGGUCUGUGGAUUGACACUGGUUCUUUUCGUAAAAAAAUAAAAUUAAAAAAAGCA